ACGUUGAACGUCAUCGGACAUCCGUCAAAUAUGGAAAAUUAGCCAAAUCAACUAUUUAGCAAUUUAACUUUUACAAAAUCUAUCACAGCCAGUAUAUUUUCCCCUUAUAAUUAUUUAAACUGUAAACAGAAAAAUGGAGAGCCUAUUCAGCUUAUGGAAAGUUCGAGAAAUCGCAGAUAAAGUAACAAAUGUUGUAAUGAAUUAUACUGAAAUUGAGGCCAAAGUAAGGGAAGCCACAAACGAUGAAGCAUGGGGCCCAACAGGAGCACUUAUGCAGGAGUUAGCUCAUGCAACAUUUACUUAUGAACAUUUCCCAGAAGUUAUGUCUAUGCUUUGGAAGCGAAUGCUACAAGAUAGUAAACAGCAUUGGAGACGAACCUAUAAGGCCUUAUUGGUGCUGAACUAUCUCAUAAAAAAUGGUUCUGAGAGGGUGGUCACAUCAUCAAGAGAACAUAUCUAUGAUCUAAGAUCUCUGGAAAAUUAUACAUUCAUAGAUGAUAAUGGGAAGGACCAGGGGGUUAAUAUUAGGCAUAAAGUGAAGGAAUUGAUAGACUUUAUACAAGAUGAUGAUCGACUGAGAGAGGAGAGAAAAAAGGCUAAAAAGAAUAAAGAUAAAUAUAUUGGGAUGAGCUCUGAUAUGGUUGGUAUGAAGUUUGGAGGAGGAUCUGACAGGUGGGAUGAACGACCACACCAAAGGAGUGAAUUUGCUGAUAAUAAUUGGGAUGACAAUAACUCUAAUAAUAGGUACCGCGACACCUCGUAUGAAGAAGAUAUUGAAAGGGACAAUGUGGACAGUGAUGAUGACAGUUCCCCCAGAGCUAAAUAUAAAGAUGAUAGGGGACCAAGUAGUCUGCCAGUAUCAGCUCCCACGUUUGCAGAAAAGAAGGUGAAUUUGAGCUUAAACUCCAAUAUAACAGCUUCCCCAAAGAAACCUCAAAAACCUAUUAAAAAGGUUGAUUUAGGAGCAGCAGCAAACUUUGGCCGGGACACUACACAGAGUCCAUUGCCGCGGCCCCCUAGUGGUGGAGGCACCGCAGAUUUGUUUGAUGAUUUUGAUCCACGUGCGGCAGAGCAUACAGCUGCUGCUAGUCAUAUUGAGUUUGGAAGCUUUGAAACCGCGUUUGGAGAAGGUGCUUCUGCGCACCAGUCAGCUCCCGUUGUGCCAAUCAGCAGCAAAAGCGAAGAUGAUUUUGCCGAUUUUAGUUCGGCCUUUUCAAACUCAAGCAGUACGGCUCCUUCCAGUUUGCUCACCUCCCCCACAACUCCGAGUGUUUUACCGAACAUUUUACCUCCGAUGGGCGUUUCCAAUCAAAACUUGCUUGGCAGCUCCUCUGCUCAAAUUCCUAACUUAGCUGGACCAGGUUCGAAUAAUUUAUUAGGAGGUUUUGGACAACCAAUGGCUUUUCAAGGUCAACAGCCUCCCCUUCUUAGUCAAAACGCACCUAAGAAUUCCGGAGCGGAUUUGCUUGGAGAUUUGACUGAUUUUGGUAGCCUGAGUUUGGGAAAUAAAAUAAACUCGUCAAAUGGCCUGAAUAAUAAUAAUAGUGACGGAUUACUAGGAGGGCCUGGACUAAUGGAUAAUUUUGAUGAUGGAAAAUCGCAUGUUGGAAGCCCCUACAAGAAUAAAACUCGCAAAAAGUCCAAACUAGAAAAGGACCUAGCAGAAGUAACAAUGGCUACAGUAGACCACCUCCGGAAUAUACCGAAGAUAUCUUGCCAAGCAGACAUAGAUCGUGUGCUUUUGCAUUUAAAAAAUUUACUAACUCACUUACCAUCCGGGAUAAACUAUCAGCGACUACAAGGACUCGACGAUAUAUUUUACCAACAUUAUACGGAUAAUUAUUUUGCCGAACUUGUAGAGGAACUGAUAAAGUUUUUCGAUCAUAAUUUUCCGUUUCAAAACGGGAAAAUGUAUGAAGAGGUUGCAAAGAUAUUUAGCAUUGAGGAAUGUAGUUUCUUCGAAACGAGUUUGGGCAUACUUAUUUCCUAUGUUAAGGAUCAUAAAAAGCAACAGAGUGUUGUAGGCUGUUUGGAGGUCCUGUUUGCAAAUGAAGGUCUGUUUGCUACUAUUGUUAGUCAUGUUUAUUUAACGGAUGAUACAGAUACUUGGAACAAUACCGUCAGAAAUCUGACUUCAUUGCCUGGCAGAAUUUCUAAUGCAUUAGAACGGGACUAUCCAAAAUUUUUUACUAAUGCACAAUUUUCAAAUCUGUUGCUAUACAAUGUGUUUAAAACUAUUGAAUUUCUUGCCACAGUGGCCUACAAGGAUGGAAGUAAAAUAUACUUUGACAAACUAGCUAAGCUCAUAAGCAAGAUUUUCAUUAAUUUUAAUGAUAAAAAUAACUGUGAUGUUGUGGAGCAUUUUGUUAAUAUUGUAGCUUUACUUACAAAUAAGCUCUCAGACAAAAUAAACAUAUACAGGGAUAUCUUCUACAAAUUAUUUGAUUGUGUUGAUCGAUAUGCAACAGAAAUUUUGGCUAAAGAAUUUCUUACCAAAGUAGACCCAAAGAAGUACUUAAUAACAAAUAUUUUUGGUCCCAAAAUUAUUAAAAACACGCACUGGAAGUACAUGCUUUGUACAAAAGUACCACUGCUAACUUUUAUUGAAAGAAAUCAUGAAAACUUAGUGGUUAAUUUAGUUGUUUACCUUGGUAAGACAUCACAUACAGAUUUGGUAACUCUUCUUUUAAAUUUAGUAUCUAUCUGGUCAGAUAGGUCAUCUAUUAAACAUACCAGCGUGGAACAACAUCUUUUAAUAUCAAAAUUAAUUGUGUGCAUAUUAAAUUGCCUAAAAGAAAUUGGCCUUUCUGAUUAUGAAAAGAAGCAACUCAAAAAUAAAGCAUUUCAUGGAUUACCAGCUCAUUUGGAAAGUUGCGUGGAUGUUAUUAAAUAUUCUGGAAUGAAAACUGGAGAAAUUCUAGUAAAUUUUGUGCAUGAAGACGGUAAAGAUGAAUUGAAGUUUCAAUAUGAAAAUUUAAAGCCUGAAGCUAAAAAAGCAGUUGAGCUUCUAGAAUAUUUUAUUGAACUAGACUUUGCCGAAUUGUAUAAGGCUAAAAAUGAAUUUAAUGAUGACAUCAGUGAGAUGUUAUCUAAGCUACAUACCUCUUCAGAUGUUAAACACUAUACACCUCCAGAACGCAUAUUUAGAAUUAAGAAGGACCUGUCAAAUGAAGUAGUUAUGACGCAAUUAAAUACGAAACCAAAAGAUUAUGGUAUUACAAUUAUUGAUAAUAAUAUGAUAAUUGAUUCAGAUGAUGAGUUUGAACCCUAUGAAUUUACAGAUACCAAAGUAUGUGAUCGUAAACCUCCCGCUUAUUUAAGAGAUCUCAGAGAUGCUUUGAUAGAAGCUGAUGACGCGGAAUUAUUUGCUUUAACCUUGGAAAAUUGUGAAAAACUUAUUAUAGAGCAACUGCCCGAUGAUGAUGAAAGUAUUGGACUUGAACUGUUACAAAUUCUUAUCUGUUUAGAUAUGAAAUUCUAUAUGGAGAAGUUUGAGGAGCUGGUAUUUAAAAGCUGUGUAGCAAUAACUUGUGUGUAUCCAGCUGCUUGUACUGAAUAUUUGUGUCAACAAAUACACGCUGGUGUAGGAAAAUACUCUAUGGUCCAUCGAAUAUUUAUGUUGGAUGUAUUAAGACAGGCCGCUAAAACUUUAUCAAGUCUUAUUAAAAGUUCAACAGAGCCACCAAAGAAAAAAGCUAAAUUAGAAGUGACAUCGUCCUCAGAAAUAAUCAAAAAGAGGCUCGAAAGUAAGACGCGAUACUUUCACAAGAAUAAAGUCAUAAAAUACGAGCAAAGAAAUAAGUUUGCUGAUGUAGCAGGGCACUUCUUUUUUCCUUUACUUUACGGAUACAAUCAGAACAAACUGCUCUCUCAGCAAAUAACCAAAGAUGACGAUUAUUUGUUUUUAAUACAUUUUAUAGAAACUUUAGCAAUUUUAAUGGUUUGUGCCCAAAACUGCCCUAUUGCAAGCCGAAUGACCAGAGAAGCGUUACAUUUUUCAUGGUUUCUACGUUUCCAUAAAGAUGUCAAAGUUCGAAUGGCGGUAUUAAAUCUCAUCGGAGCUACAAUUUUAGUUAUUCCUCAUGCGAUUUUAGUGCAAGAUUUUAUAAACGAACUGUUUGAAAUCCGAUUAUGGUUAGCAGAUUUAUUAAAUCCCAGUGCCACACGAGGCGAACCUAAUACAGAAUGUAGACAUUUAGCAACUUGUACUAUGAUUCUUAUUGAGAAUGUUCUCAAAGCGGAUGAGGAAGACGAAUCAUAAUAUUAUAGUUAAAAAACAUGAUGCUGCUUUGAAUGAGUUGAACUAUCCUUAAGGCUAAAUUUAAAGUCAUAUCCUUCAAACCCAGAACACAAUUGCUCCUGGAAUUAUAUACAGGGUGUUUGGUUCACCGAAGUAUAUAAGAAAGGGGGUAAUAAGUGAAAUCAUUUUGAACAUAUUUAACUCUAUAUAGUAUUAUAUCAAGUGUUACGGUUUUCCAGAUAUAGUCGUUUUUCCGAAUUGUACCAAAUUUGGUGAAGGAUCGAUAAAAGUUAUAAUUAAAUUUUUGUUAAUUAUUUUUUUAUUAUAAACCUGAAUGUGUAUUUCAAAGACAAAAAACACGUACUGGGAUCUACGUUUGAUAAAAAGAAACUGGAAUAAUAAAAUCUAGAAAAUGAGUUUCAGAAAUAUCUAACUUGGAGUUUAUAGGCGAAUAAUUUAUAGUGUGUAAAUAAGAUAUUCAAGUUCAAAUAUUUUCAAAAACUUCCUUUAUCUUUAUUCUUUUUAUUGUUAUAUCACAUUCUAAUAGAAAAUGCUGCUUCUUUUUUAUUGACAGCAGCUUAGUGAUGUGUUUCAGUUUUUAAAAUUUAAUUUUCUUUGUUGUUGCUGUUAGAUCCUUAGUAGCCUUGCGUUGCUCCGUGACGGACAAACUCAUCUUUUACGAUUUUUACCUAUAAGUAAAUGAAACAAAUUAGUAAGUACUACAUUUGUAAACAUGAUUUUAAUAAGCAUAAUAUUAUAAUUUUUUUUGUGAAAAAAAUAAAGGAAAAAGCACUUGUAGUAAGAAAUUAGUGUUUAAAGAACUAACCGAAGAUUACUUAGCACUGAGUAGGUCUAAACAACUAAAAAAAUACGCAGGAAAAUACGGAAUGUGAAAGUAGGUUAAUAAAAAAACGCGAAUGUUCUCUUAACAAAAAAUAUGUAUUUACAAGAAUUAAUUACUCUCAUAGUCGAAAUGACAACCACCGUUUCUAAUACAAUGUCGACAUCUUCGUCGCAUCUCUGUAGUGAAUACGCCUAGCCUCAGUUCCGUCUUCAUUAUUUCUGCUGUUGCGUUAUUUUUUUGGAUUAGAUGUUCUCGAUUUAGGAUUUUUUUAUUGUACACCAGUUCUUUCAUUCUUCCCCAAAUAUGGUAGUCAAGGUGAGUGAAAUCGGGAGAUCUAGCUGGCCACAAUAUCGGAUAAAUUCUAGAUAAUUUUCACCAUUUAAAUUGUCUGGCAAAAAAUACGGACCGAUUAAAACUCGUCCUAUUACACUUGCCCACACAUUAAAUUUUCGUUGAAGUGAAAUUUGUUUCUUCAUAUGAGGAUUUUGAUUUGUCCAAUAAUGUAGGGUGUGAAAAUUAGUAAUCCUUUCGCGAGAAAAAUUGGAUUCAUCCGUCCACAAAAUUCUCUUAUAUCAGAAUAUGUUAUUUACACACUUCGAGUUAUUUGCGACAUAUAAACUCAAAAUUACUUUGGAAAUUCGUUUUGUACAUUCAACUAAGUCACAUUUUUUUUAUCAUGUGUACCAAUACAGUACGCGUUUUAUAUCAUUGAAAAACACAUUCAAAUUUACAAUAAAAAAAUAAUUAAUCAGAUAAAAUAAUAAACAAAAGUUAUUAUAAUUUUUAUGGAUCCAUCACCAAAUUCGAUACACUCCGGAAAAACCAUGAUAUCUCGAAAUCCGUAACACUUGGUAUAACACUAUAUAGGGUUAAAUAUAUACGUCGGCGAACCAAACACCCUGUAUAUAUCUCGUCCUAGAGCAUUGGAAUAAAAAACGGAAAAAUUGCUAUAAAUAUUUUGAGAAACUAUGAAGAACACAACAUGAUGGAUUCUUGUAGAGAUUUUCAUUUUAUUUAUAUAAAUAUGUUUUAAGGCAUACUUGAUUUAUCAUCAUGUAAAUAAAACAUUAGUGUUGGACAUUCUUAGCUAAGAUGGAAAGUUGUAAAUGUUAGAGUAGAGUACAAAUUAUAAUUAGUUAAACACCAGCUGACUAAAGUUAUUUUAAUAUUUAGUUAAGUCUUAAGUUACUUUAAUUGCCAUAUAUUUAUGAUUUUUUAUUUUUAUUAUAUUUUGCCUAUUGUAUAAAUCUUGCUUUUUAGAAGUAUCAAAGUGAUUGCUUUAUAAUAUCAUAACUUCGUAAUGGAUGAAUUUAUUUUACAGAGUAAUUAAAUUUGUUUUGAGAUCUAA